CAACAUAGGGUUUCUUGUUCGUUGUCUUGUGAUUUCUUGGUUGAGUCCUCAAGUUCGUGCGCCGUCUUGACCUUGCCAGCCGCCAAGUUCAGUUUAGGAGCUGUGUGAUUGGUAUAUGUGUGCCAAGUCCCCAAGUUCUAAAGGGAGCUCCCAAGUCUGAGGCGUCCCUGUCCCUCCUGUCACUGGUCGCUGGCGCGCUCCGCAAGCCUACAACUGUUGCGCAUUCCUGAGUAGGCUGCACGAACGCAGCGAUGGAUGGCCAGCCAGGUGCUGCUGCGUUGUCGAGUCCUGGUCCGAGAGUAAAAGCAAGCCUGGUUCUGGGAUCCGAAUCGUUCGCUAUCAACUCCGAGUUCGGUACCCUGUCGGAGCAGCUGGCCGCGGUGAAGGAGAAGAGCAUGGCGGUCCUCAAGGAACACAUCGCCAGGCACAAUGCUCCGAACGAGGUCCCCGACGAGGCCGCCGAGGGCGAGUCUGACAGUGAGGGCGAAGCGCCGCUUGUCGACAACCCGCCGAAGAAACCUAAGAAGCAGAAGUGACCGUCUCUAGUCAUGCACUUGACUUUUUUUUUUUUGCCAUGCGUUGCUUGUGUAACGCCAGACUGUUGUCAGUCACAAUAGCAAUAUGCAGGUGUUAGCACUCACUUGCUGUUCGUACCACUAUCAUUAGUUCUGCUUCUCUGUCAUGUGUUCAUAUUUUUCUUCCCAUACACUUGCAAGGGUGUUCUUGUCUGUCGGUGUGCUGCACGCUCCGUAUAUCUGUAGCAGAAACACAAUUCACUAACAGCUUGGUUUGAGGAAUGGGUUAGCCUAUCAUCUUCUCAGUCAA